CCGCUGCCGCUGCCGCCGCGCCUGCUGCGAGAUGGCGAUCUUGGGCGCGGAAGGGUGAGGGCGCCCGCCACUGGAGGAGGCGCUGCUGCUGUGGCCGCCCGACCGCCGGGAGCCGACAGCUUUGCGCCGGGUUUGUCUCCUCACUAGACUAUGAGCUCCUUGAAAGAAGGAAUCGUGUCUUACUCAUCUUUAUAUCCCCAGUGUCUAGCACAGUUCCUGGUACAUAGUAUAAGCUGAAUAUUGGGACAUGGCCACUGCUUCACCACGAUCUGAUACUAGUAAUAACGACAAUGGAAGGUUACAGUUACAGGUAACUGUUUCUAGUGCCAAACUAAAAAGAAAAAAGAACUGGUUUGGAACAGCAAUAUAUACAGAAGUAGUUGUAGAUGGAGAAAUUAAGAAAACAGCAAAAUCCAGUAGUUCUUCUAAUCCAAAAUGGGAUGAACAGCUAACGGUAAAUGUGACCCCACAGACUACAUUGGAAUUUCGAGUUUGGAGUCAUUAUACUUUAAAAGCUGAUGCUUUAUUAGGAAGAGCAACAAUAGAUCUGAAACAAGCUCUGUUAAUACACAAUAGAAAAUUGGAAAGAGUGAAAGAACAAUUAAAACUUUCUUUGGAAAACAAGAAUGGCAUAGUGCAAACUGGUGAAUUAACAGUUGUGCUUGAUGGGCUGGUGAUUGAGCAAGAAAAUCUAACAAACUGCAGCUCAUCUCCAACCAUAGAAAUACAGCAAAAUGGUGAUGCCUUACAUGAAAAUGGAGACCCUUCAACAAGACCAACCUCCAGAAAGGUAUACUUAAUGGCUUCUCCAAAUUUACCGUUCGUCUUACUGAUUUUUCUCUUUUCAGUUAAUGGAGAAUCAUCCUCAUCUGCACCAACCAAUAAUGCUUCCACCACGGGUACUGCAACAGGACCUGAAGAAACCGCCUUGUCUUCAAAUUGCGCUACUACUACUGUUGAAGAUCCUCCACAAGAAAUACUGACUUCCUCAGAAAACAAUGAAUGUAUUCUUUCUAACAGUGCAGCAUUUGGAUCUGAAGCUAGAAGUACUUUAGACCCUGCUGCCUCUAAUUCUGGAAAUAAUUCUGCUACUGAGGCAGCCAAAUUAAGACAGCCAGAUGGGUGUGCGGAACCUGUACGGCAACAGUCUGGAAAUACCAACACAGAAACUUUGCCAUCAGGGUGGGAACAGAGAAAAGAUCCUCAUGGUAGAACUUAUUACGUGGAUCAUAACACUCGAACGACCACAUGGGAGAGGCCGCAACCUUUACCUCCAGGUUGGGAAAGAAGAGUUGAUGAUCGCGGCAGAGUUUAUUACGUGGAUCAUAACACCAGAACAACCACGUGGCAGCGACCCACCAUGGAGUCUGUCCGCAACUUUGAGCAGUGGCAGUCUCAGCGGAACCAGUUGCAGGGAGCGAUGCAGCAGUUCAACCAGCGAUACCUCUAUUCGGCUUCAAUGUUAGCUGCAGAAAAUGACCCAUAUGGGCCUUUGCCACCAGGCUGGGAAAAAAGAGUGGAUUCAACCGACAGGGUUUACUUUGUGAAUCAUAACACAAAAACAACCCAGUGGGAAGAUCCCAGAACUCAAGGCUUACAGAAUGAAGAACCCUUGCCAGAAGGCUGGGAAAUUAGGUAUACUCGGGAAGGUGUUAGGUACUUUGUUGAUCAUAAUACAAGAACAACAACAUUCAAAGAUCCUCGCAAUGGGAAGUCAUCUGUAACUAAAGGUGGUCCACAGAUUGCUUAUGAACGCAGCUUUAGGUGGAAACUUGCUCACUUUCGUUAUUUGUGCCAGUCAAAUGCACUACCCAGUCAUGUAAAGAUCAAUGUAUCCCGGCAGACACUGUUCGAAGAUUCCUUCCAACAGAUUAUGGCAUUAAAACCUUAUGACUUGAGAAGGCGAUUAUAUGUAAUAUUUAGAGGAGAAGAAGGACUUGAUUAUGGUGGUCUAGCAAGAGAAUGGUUUUUCUUGCUUUCACAUGAAGUUUUGAACCCUAUGUAUUGCUUAUUUGAGUAUGCUGGCAAGAACAACUAUUGCCUACAAAUAAAUCCAGCAUCAACCAUUAACCCAGACCAUCUUUCAUACUUCUGUUUUAUUGGUCGCUUUAUUGCUAUGGCACUUUUUCAUGGGAAGUUUAUUGAUACUGGUUUCUCUUUACCAUUCUACAAGCGUAUGCUAAGUAAAAAACUGACUAUUAAGGAUUUGGAAUCUAUUGAUACUGAAUUUUAUAAUUCCCUUAUCUGGAUAAGAGACAACAACAUUGAAGAAUGUGGCUUAGAAAUGUACUUUUCUGUUGACAUGGAAAUUUUGGGAAAGGUUACUUCGCAUGACCUGAAGUUGGGAGGUUCCAAUAUCCUGGUGACUGAGGAGAACAAAGAUGAAUAUAUUGGUUUAAUGACAGAGUGGCGUUUUUCUCGAGGAGUGCAGGAACAGACCAAAGCUUUCCUUGAUGGUUUCAAUGAAGUUGUCCCUCUUCAAUGGCUACAGUACUUUGAUGAGAAAGAAUUGGAGGUUAUGUUGUGUGGCAUGCAGGAGGUUGACUUGGCAGAUUGGCAGAGAAAUACUGUGUAUCGACAUUAUACAAGAAACAGCAAGCAAAUCAUUUGGUUUUGGCAGUUUGUGAAGGAGACAGACAAUGAAGUAAGGAUGCGACUGUUACAGUUUGUCACCGGAACCUGCCGUUUACCUCUAGGAGGAUUUGCUGAGCUCAUGGGAAGUAAUGGGCCUCAAAAAUUUUGCAUUGAAAAAGUUGGCAAAGACACCUGGUUACCAAGAAGCCACACGUGUUUUAAUCGCUUGGAUCUACCACCAUAUAAGAGUUAUGAACAACUAAAGGAAAAACUUCUUUUUGCAAUAGAAGAGACAGAGGGAUUUGGACAAGAAUGAAUGUGGCUUCUUGUCUUGGAGGAGCUCUUGCAUUUAAAUACCCCAGCCAAGAAAAAUUGCACAGAUAGUGUAUAGAAGCUGUUCAUUCUGUACAGUGAAUUUUCUGAACCUCUCAAAGUAUAAAUGUUUUCCGUUCUUCCACAGAAAUAUGCAAAACAGUUCAUCCUUUUCUACUUUAUUUAUUGUUCCCUUGAAGUGACUGACCAGGAAAAAGAUCAUCCUUAAAUUCUGAAGCAAGCAAGAGACUUUAUUAAAAAUAAGUAUAUAUCUAUAUAAGCAUAUAUGAUAGUGGCUCUAGUUUUAUAGAGCUCUGAGUAUAUUAAACAUGACAGCCGUUCAUUCAGAAAAAAAAUCUGGAUUUGCUUUACCUUGUUUCUAGUAUCCAGAGGAAAAAGUACAAAUUGCUUCAUGAUCUUCUCCCUUAUGUAACACCUUUUGAGGGUGUUUAGUUGCAUGGCUGUUCAGGAAGGUAUUAAGGGCUUAGGCCAAAUCUUACUUUGAGUAUGUUAAAAAAUGCUGCUGGCUUUUCUGAAGACAGGCAUUUGAACCUGUCAGUUCGUUUUAAAUAAAUACAAUAGUUGAAAAUUUUCCCUCUUUGCUACAUCACUAAUACAGUCAAAGUAAUGAAUGAAACCAUAAUGUACGCGUAAGUCAUACACUAUAGCCGAUGUCAUUUAGUUUAUUCUAGAGAUUGGAAAGAAUUCAUUAAGCAGCAAAGAGGUUUGUUUGUUUACAUGUUACUUUGGGAUGCUAGGUAUUUGUGGAGUUAAAAAGAAUCAGGUACUUACGUACUUUUGUUUUUAAAUCUGUGCUGUUCUUUAAAUUUUAUUCAUAAUAAAUUGAUGCAGUUUGAUACUUAGGAACAUAUAAUAAGGUAAUGUGAACAUUUCUGCUUUUGUGUUCAGAGUUUUGGUUUUAUAAAACCAGAUGGACUGAAGAGUUGUAUAAGCAUUUGAACACUCAAAUGAAAACUAUUUUCUAUUUUAGUGUUCAUGUAUCUUCAUUCCUCUUAAUUUCAUGAAAAUUUUAUGAUCUGAAUUAUAUAAGCAUACUAAAGAAUCUUUUGGUCCCCACCCCCCCUUUUUACAUAGAUCAAAACAUUAUUUUUUGUCCUAAUAACUUUUUAAUUUUUCAUUAUCAAGGGCAUUUGCUGAACUCGAAGAUGUAUAACAAAUUAAAAUCUGAUGUGAAUGAUACUAAUGCUAUUUUAGCAAACUGGGCUUCCUUGUUAAUAACAAAAAUUUCAAUUUCCAUUUGUAUCAUUUCAGUAUGCAGUGUAAAUUUCAGGAAGUUAAAAUUUUUUUUAUAACCAUGAACUGACAUCUUACAAUGUUAUCUGUAACAUAUUUAACUGCUAAGUACAUAUGGAAAAUACUAGUAUACAAUUUAAUUUCCCUAAACAGUUUUUGUUUUGCCAAAAUUUUAUUUUUCUACAUAUUAGAUUGUGUUCUGCACUUCUAUUCAAAGUUCAUAGUAAAGAUGAAAUAAAGGCAGUGAUCCACUA